AUGAGACCGACUCAGAUGUUGCGGUCCGGCCCCAACUGGAGGGCUGGCAACUGGCUCGGCCACGAUUUCGGUGCUUUCGGUGGUGCUGGCAAGACCAAGGGUAUCAUCACCUACGGCAUCGCCGCCAACCGUCAGAACGUAUUUGCCGGCGCCGCCCACGACGCCAUCUUCAACACCUUUCGCCGCACCAAGUCCCAGAUCUUCUACUGGCUGCCUUCGCUGAUGGCCGGCUACUACCUGAUGCACUGGGCCACUGAGCGCAACGAGUACCUCAACUCCAAGGCCGGCCGCGCCGAGUUUGCCGAUGUCGAGGAGUAA